AUGAGUGCGGCCGUGUUGCCGCCGCCUGUAGGCCCCGUUGGGGCUGAUGCAGCGCUGGGCGGGGAUCCGAAGGCCACGGCGUCGCCGGUGAAUCCUUCUUCGAUUGUUUUUCCGCCUCCGGACCUUCGCGGGAUCAUCGAGAAGACUGCGCAGUUUGUCGCGAAGAACGGCGUGGAGUUCGAACAGCGCGUGCGCCGGGAGCAGAACAACCAGCGAUUCGCGUUUCUGUUCCCCAACAACCCGUACAACGCGUACUACCAGCUGAAGGUGCGCGAGUUUCAGACGGGCGAGGAGGCGCCGCGCCCGCAGGUUCCGCAGGCGAUCUUGGACAUGCGCAAGAAGGAGGAGGAAGAGCGGAAGAAGAAGGAGCGCGUCCUCAUGCUCACGCAGUACGGCGAGGAAGCCAAGAGGAAGAUUGAACCGCCUCCCCCCGAUGUCUACUCUGUCACGCAGCCCUACAUUGCACUGAUUGACGUCGACAUCAUUCAAACGACUGCGCAGUUUGUGGCGCGCAACGGGCAGAGAUUUCUCUCGGGUUUGGCCCAGCGCGAGCGGCAGAAUCCCCAGUUCGAGUUUCUGAAACCGACGCACGCACUCUUCCAGUACUUCACCAACUUGGUGGACGCGUACACCAAGUGCCUGCUGCCGCCGGCGGAACAGAUGGAGAAGAUCACGGAGGUUGCGGGGUCGACGCAGAAAGCCCUCAGCCGGUGCGUGAAACGCUACGCGUGGGAAGCUGACCAAGAGAAGAAACGCAAGGAGAAGGAGGCGAAGCAAGCAGAAGAGCGCGUCCAGAUGCAGUCCAUCGAGUGGCACGACUUCUUCAUCGUGGAAACCAUCGACUUCACGGAAGAAGACGACAUGCUGCCGCUGGCAGCGCCGAUGGACUUCUCCGCAACUGCAAAACGCCCGCCGCCCGCGACUCUCGCGACCCUCGACGGAGAAGAUGAGGAACCGAAACCCGACACGACCAUCGCCGCUCUUAUUCGCGAGGCCGCCGACGCCGUCGAGGGUGUGGAAGAAGACGAAAUGGAGACGGAAGACAGCGCCGAGGCUGCGUCGGCCCAGCCCGAAGAGCCCGCGCCUCCUGCCGAAGAGCCGGAAGCGGAGAAAGAGAAGAAGGCGCACGAGGAAGAGAGAGAAGAAUCAGAGGAAGAGGAAGAACGAUCCCCGCAACCGACCGGAAGCGCUGCUCCCAAGAAAUCGAUUCGCGUCGUCAGGGAUUACAUCCGGCAGCCUCGAAAGCGCGCUGGAGCGGCUGCGGAGGCGCCGCAACAGAGCUUGCAGAAGUGCCCCAUCACUGGUCAGUUGGUGCCUGCGGACCAGAUGUCGAAUCAUCUGCGCGUGCUUCUUCUCGACCCCAAAUGGAAGGAGCAAAAGGAGCGCUUCCUGGAGAAGGCAAAGGCGGAAUCUGCUUUCGCACCCAUGGAAGACGUCGAAGGCAACUUGGCACUCUUUGUCUCCAAACGCCCCGAUCUUUUUGGAUCCGUCGAUGAACAGGUGGUUGUCGAAGACACGACCGUGCAAGGGAAUGUCCCUGGAGCCUCAGUCGCCUCGGACGCUGCCGCGCACGCGCCGGUCGGGCCCAGCGUCCCCCCCGCUCCCCCCGCGCCCGGUGGAGCCCAAGGCGCCGGUGGCCGCAAGGCCCAAGCCCCGGCCCCUGCGCCGGCGCCGCCGGCGAAGCGCGCGCGGGCGGAGGCGCCUGCACUGCCUGCAGCGGCGGGGUCGAGUCUGGUGCUCACUCUCGUGUGCGUGGGAGGCAACGGGUUGGAAGACCAAGAAAUCCAAGUCGAAGUCGAGGAAAAACUGUCUGUGCGGGGGCUGAAGGAGUCGCUGGUCGAGGCUGGUAUUGGAGCCGACUUGACAGUCGACAAACUGACUCUGAAGGACGGCACGACGGGAGCGAUCAUGAUGGAUCGACGAACGCUGGACGUUUAUCAACUUCGAAAGCCAGGCGCGAAGGUGAUUGUGUCUGCUUCGCCGUAA